UGGGUCCCCAUGGUGAUCUCCAUCAACUCUUCCCCCUCCUGUUAGUGACCCAAAACCCCAAAAAUCAGAUUAUAUCAAUUCACAACCAGAUAAAACUACAUGAACAUGACAUAUUUUCUAUUUUCAUUUUUCAUUUUUUUGGGUAUGGGCCACUGCAUUUGGAGUAUAAGAAUGGAUUGGAUCCAGAUUCAGGGUGGUGUAGGGGAACAGAAUGAGAAAAAAUGGAAGUGCAACAAGGAAGCAGUCCCAGAUCACAAAUACUGUAAGAGGUACAUGCACAUGGGAAAGCACCGUUCAAGAAAGCUUGUAGACGCUUGUCAAGCAGGCACUCCUACAGCUAUUGCCAGCACCAACCACCCCAUUUCUCUGCCAGUAGAUAGCAGCAGCAACAGCAAUUGUCAUCCCAAAAGUGUCUAAAAUCUCACCCUUCUUUGUGAUUUAAGAACUGUGGAAGAAAUGAGGAUGAUUUUUCAUGAUUCAAUGUGUACGCUAAGAAAAAAUAUACGAUUUUGUAGAGAAUGAUUGGAUUGUCAGUUAUCCAUGUUUCAAUUGUGAAAGACAUUGUAUAUAUGUUACUGCUUUGCUUAAUCUAAUAUUAGUAGAAAGGAGAUUACCAUUUUUCUUUUCAAUGUUCAGAUUCAUAGCAUAGAUGGUGGGACCAAGGACCAUGUGCUG